UUCUACUUCUGUUCCUCACUCUUCUGACAUUCCUGAAUUAAAAAAAUACGAAGUAUUUGAAUUAUAAAAAUGACGAUGAUUAGUGGUUGUUCAGGGAUCUAGAAUAGUUAAAGAAAUUGUUCAAAAGUUUCAAAACAAUGUAUAGGAACUAGGAAGAUCACCUUGGAUUAAAAAUCCUCCCAUUAAUGUUCCCCACACCUGUGGAAAGAGCAUAAUUUCUCUAAACGGUGCUUUACAAAUAAGCGUAUCCUCCGGAACCAUCGAUCAGUUUCUUCUGAUUUCUCUCCUACGUCUCUUCCGUAAGCUUUGGUCGUCCUUCAAUGGAAGGAAAGAAGAGAAUCGAAGUGACAAGCUUGCCCAAAAUGUGUGGGGAUUAUACUUUGGGGUGGGAUGAGAUCAGAUGUGGCUGGUUUGCUGUUGAAAGAGAUGCAGUCCGUAAUGAAUGGAAGGAAGUGGAUCCAGAUCUGAAGCAGUUGGGUCGUGGUCUGGCAGAUGAGUAUACGGAUCCACCCAAAGGCACUGUUAAAACUAUCGCGAAUGGAUAUGGACAUGUGGUGGACUUCGUGCCGUGUGAGACGGAACAGGAGCCAAGAUUUUUGCUGUUGAGACCUCCAGGCACUUGCAGUAGGCAGAGGAGGACUAAGAGAGAGUUGGAAGCAGAACGCAGAAUGCCUGUGAAGCAGGUCCCUGAUUAUGCGGCCUACGCUCACACAUACAUACCAAGCGCACCAGCUUUUUCACCCACCCAGGGAGCACUUUCACCAGCAUAACAUUCCAGGCUCCCGAGAAUGGAUAUGGACAUGUGGUGGACUUCGUGCCGUGUGAGUGGGGACCGGAGCCAGGGUUUUUGCAGUGGACACCUUCAGGCACUCGCAGUAGGCGGAGGAGGACUAAGGGAGAGUUGGAAGCAGAACGGAGAAUGCCUAAUAAGAUGAGGUUGCCUGAUCCUGCGACCUUGGCUCACACAUACAUACCAAGCGCACUGUCUUUUUCACCCACCUUCCCAACAUCAGAGGAGGACCAAGGGAGUGUUAAAAGCAGAACGCAGAAUGCCUGUGGCCUGAUCCUGCGACCUACGCUCACACAUACAUACCAAGCGCAUCAACUUUUUCACCCACCGAGCCAACACUCUCACCACCAUAGAUAACUAUACAAUUACUCCAGACUCAACACCAUACAAUUCUGGCAGGUUUUAAUUGAACAAGCUUUAAACUUCAUUUAAGAUCGUUAACGAGCUUACUUGAAUCCACUCAUAACAAAAUGUAUGUGUGUGUUAUAACAUGUGUAAGAUAUGAGGUGCAUAUGGGGAGUUUAUCUCUCAUGUUUUCCUACAUUAAGCUAGAUCAAAUAAAUUAAUGUGAAUAUUAUACCUGUAUCCCAUCCUUGUGUGUAUUUUCAACUUUCCUUAAAACACAUAUGGCCAGGCUUCUUCUCCUUUUCAAGUUCUUGGUUCAAUUUAUGAGG